AAGCCCAAUCCAGUCUCCACCCGCCAACCAAGGGUCAGAGAUCAGGAAAGGAAAAAGGGCAGCUUUACUACCUCUCUGAGAAUGGAGCCACACAGCCGUUCUGGAAAGAGCAGAAAAUCCACAAAAUUCCGGUCCAUCUCCCGGUCCCUCAUCCUCUGUAAUGCUAAGACCAGUGACGACGGAUCUAGCCCUGAUGAGAAAUAUCCUGAUCCCUUUGAGAUCUCCCUGGGCCGGGGCAAGGAAGGACUUUUCCAUUCAUCUGUGCAGCUGGCAGACACAUCAGAGGCUGGACCUAGCAGCAUUCCUGAUCUGGCAAUGGCCUCUGAGGCUGCUCAACUCCAAGAAGCUGGGAGUGAUCGAGGCAAGAACUGUAGGAGGAUAUUCUUUAUGAAGGAGUCUUCCACAACUUCCUCUAGAGAAAAGCCUGGAAAACCAGAAGCACAAAAUAAUAACUUCAUGUCCCCCAAAGCCUGUCACCAAAGGACACGCAGCAAUUCAACCAGUGUUAAUCCCUACUGCACAGGAGAAAUUGAUUUUCCAAUGACCAAGAACUCUGCAACUUCCACAGACAGGCAGCCUUAUUCUCUCUGUAGUAACAGGAAGUCCCUCUCUCAACAACUGGACUGCCCAGCAGGAAAGGCUGUGGGCAUGUCAAGACCGACACGGUCGCUGAGCACAGCUCAGCUUGUGCAGCCAUCUGGGGGCUUGCAGGCUUCGGUCAUCUCCAACAUCGUGCUGAUGAAGGGCCAGGCCAAGGGCUUGGGCUUCAGCAUUGUUGGGGGAAAGGACAGCAUUUAUGGCCCCAUUGGAAUUUAUGUCAAAACCAUCUUUGCAGGGGGAGCAGCGGCAGCUGAUGGAAGACUACAAGAAGGUGAUGAAAUUCUGGAACUCAAUGGUGAAUCAAUGGCUGGACUAACACAUCAGGAUGCUUUGCAGAAAUUCAAGCAAGCCAAAAAGGGGCUCCUCACCCUCACUGUGAGAACACGCCUGAUGACCCCCCACUCCCUGUCCAGCCACCUGUCUCCCCCACUGUGCCGCUCUCUGAGCUCCAGCACUUGUGCCACCAAGGACAGCGGCUCCUUCGCUUUAGAAAGCCCUGCAGCUCCUGAGAGCACCGCCAAGCCCAAUUACAGAAUCAUGGUGGAGGUUUCUCUGAAGAAAGAGGCUGGCGUUGGCCUGGGGAUUGGCCUGUGCAGCAUCCCCUAUUUCCAGUGCAUCUCGGGCAUUUUUGUCCACACGCUAUCUCCAGGGUCUGUGGCGCAUCUGGACGGACGGCUCCGGUGUGGUGACGAGAUCGUGGAAAUCAAUGAUGCCCCCGUGCACUGCAUGACGCUCAACGAAGUCCACGCUGUUCUCAGCCACUGCAGUCCGGGCCCCAUCCCCAUCACUGUCAGCCGACAUCCAGACCCACAGGUCUCUGAACAGAAACUCAAAGAAGCUGUGGCCCAGGCCACGGAGAACAACAAAUUUGGAAAGGAGAGGCAUCAAUGGAGUCUGGAAGGUGUCAAAAGGCUGGAGAGCAGCUGGCAUGGGCGGCCCACCUUGGAGAAGGAGCGGGAGAAGAACUCAGCACCCCCCCAUUGCAGGGCCCAGAAGAUCAUGGUCCGGUCCAGCAGCGACAGCAGCUACAUGUCUGGGUCCCCCGGGGGGAGUCCCAGCAGCGGCUGUGGCAGUGAGCCGCAGCCCUCUGACCUGGACAUCAGCACACACAGACCUAGCCUGCCCCUUGGGCAGGAGCCCAGGGUGCUGUCUUUAGCAGCUUCCAGGCCAUCCCAGGAGAGUCCAUCCCUCUCUGGGAGCCAGGACAGCCACCCACCACUAAGGCUGAAGAAAUCGUUUGAGAUUUUGGUGAGGAAACCCACAUCCUCCAAGCCCAAGCCUCCGCCCAGAAAAUAUUUUAAAAGUGACAGUGAUCCUCAAAGGAGUCUGGAAGAGAGAGAGGAUGCUUUAUGCCCUUCUGGGCACCCCUUGCCCACCUGCAGCCAGGAAGCAAGAGAGCUGCUGCCACGGCUGCUGCUGCCCCAGGAAGACACAGCAGGGAGAACCCCUUGCACUGUUGCCUGCUGCAGAGGACGUGGAGCCACCUCGCAGACUGCCGCCUCCACUGAGGGCGAGCCAGGAAGGAGAGCCGGCCCAGUGACUCAAACAUCCCCAACUAAACACCCACUGCUUAAGAAGCAGGCUCGGAUGGACUAUAGCUUUGACACCACAGCUGAAGACCCCUGGGUUAGAAUUUCUGACUGCAUCAAAAACUUAUUUAGCCCUAUCAUGAGUGAGAACCAUGGCCACAUGCCUCUACAGCCCGGUGUUGGCCUGGACGAAGAAGUUGGGACUCAGGGUCACCCAGAUGGGGCUUCACCGAAGCUGGACACUGCCAACGGUGCUCCCAAAGCCUGCAAGUCAGCAGACAAUGGCACUGUGAAGAAGGGACCUCCUGUGGCCCCCAAGCCAGCCUGGUUUCGCCAAAGCUUGAAAGGUUUGAGGAAUCGUGCUCCAGACCCCAAAAGGCUGCCUGAUGCGGCAUCAUCUACCCAGCCGACGCCCACAUCCAGGGGGCCCCACAAGCGGGCCACCGCCUCCUCCAUUAAGCAGAGAAUCAGCUCCUUUGAAACCUUUGGCUCCUCUCCACUACUCGACAGAGGAGCCCAGAGACUGAGCCUCCAGACCUCCCUUGGAGAGGCAGCAAAACCUCCUGGGAAGCAAGAGGGAGGGUGGGGUUCAGGCCUCUUUGUGCCGGGGGCUCCAGCCUCUGUUGGGCAACAGCAGCCAGAGAAAAAGCUGCUGCCGCCGGGUUCCCCUGUAGCCUCAGAGAACAGUGACCCAGGUGUCUCUGAGUCCCCUCCCCUGGGGCUGCAGCCCACGCAGAACACCCUCCCCCCUGAGCCGGACCCACUCUUGCAGCUGCUAUCAGCAAAGACUGAGGACCCUCAAGGCCCAAUUGUCAAGAUGCCAAGCCAGCGGGCACGAAGCUUCCCCCUGACCAGGACCCAGUUGUGUGAGGUGAAGCCUCCAGAUGAAAAGAGCAGUAAGCUCUACUCCAUCAGCAGCCAAGUGUCCUCGGCUGUCAUGAAAUCUUUGCUGUGCCUCCCAUCUUCAGUCUCCUGUAGCCAGACUCCCUGCAUCUCCAAUGAGGCAGUGUCUCCAACACCGUCUUCCGAUGAAGACCCAGCAGCGAACUGUGCUGCUGAAACAUCUGCCUCAGAUACAGGGUUCUCGCUCAACCUCUCGGAGCUGAGAGAAUAUACAGAGGGUCUGACUGAGCCCAAGGAAGCUGAUGACUGGGACCACUGUACCCUUCAGUCCGGCCAGUCGGUUAUCUCCCUGCUGAGCUCUGAGGAAUUAAAGAAGCUCAUAGAGGAAGUGAAGGAUCUGGAUGAAGCUACGUUAAAGCAAUUAGACAGCAUACAUGUCACCAUCUUACACAAGGAGGAAGGGGCUGGCCUCGGGUUCAGCUUGGCAGGAGGAGUGGAUCUAGAAAACAAGGUGAUCACGGUUCACCGAGUAUUCCCAAACGGGUUGGCUUCCCAGGAAGGGACUAUCCAGAAGGGCAAUGAGGUUCUUUCCAUCAAUGGCAAGUCUCUCAAAGGGGCCACUCACAGUGAUGCCCUGGCCAUCCUGCGCCAAGCUCGGGACCCAAGGCAAGCUGUGAUUGUCACGAGGAGGCUGACUUUGGAAGCCACACCUGACCUGAACUCCUCCACCGACUCUGCAGCCUCAGCCUCUGCUGCCAGUGAUGUUUCUGUGGACUCCAAAGCAGAGUCCAUAGUCUGCACGGUGACACUGGAGAAGACCUCCACAGGGCUGGGCUUCAGCCUGGAAGGAGGAAAGGGCUCCCUCCAUGGAGACAAGCCUCUCACCGUUAACCGGAUUUUCAAAGGGGCAGCCUCAGAACAGUGUGAGACGGUCCAACCAGGAGAUGAAAUCUUACAACUGGCCAGCACUGCCGUGCAGGGCCUCACAAGGUUUGAGGCCUGGAACAUCAUCAAGGCACUGCCUGAUGGACCUGUCACUAUUGUCAUCAGGAGGAAAAACCUUCAGUCCAAGGGGACCACAGCUUCUGCAGACUCCUAGGCAGAGCGCCAGUGCUGAAGCCCAAAGCCAAGAGCAUGUAGCUUCCCACAACUGCUGAUUCUCAGGGUCUCUUCUACCCCCACCCAGUUGGGAGAAAGCAUAGCUAUGCUUCCUGAUGGCUGUUGCCCAGGAUUGGACCUUCUGGAACAUCAGCCAGCAAGAGGGUUGUCCUGAAAGUAAGGGCAGAGUCACCCUGGGAUGCUGACACAAACUGUAGACUUUGUAUAUAGAGAGCUUAAUGAUAGUAUCGUGGUGACAAAAAUAAAACUGAUACAUUACAAUUUGA